AUGUUCGCUCUGAGGGGUUUCGUUGCUUUCAUCCUCUGCGUCUUUCUCCUUGUUGUAAACUCAGGUCAUGGAUCUGAGAUCAUCAAUGGGAAAGAAGUGCAGCCCCACUCACUGCCUUACAUGGCUCUGUUGGAGACAACCCAACCAAUGUGUGGAGGGAUUUUAAUUGAUCUGAAAUGGGUUCUGACUGCUGCACACUGCAACAAUUGGCCCAUCAAGACUGUGCACCUGGGGGUGCACUCCAUUAAGGGAAAAGAAAAUGAAAAAAAUACCAGGCAGGUCGCAAAGGUGAAGAAACUGGUUCCUCAUCCCUGCUUUAGCAAGGACGAAAAGGUCAACGACCUCAUGUUGAUCCAGCUUGAUAAACCAGUAAAGCAAACUAAGUGGGUCAAAGUUCUCAAGCUGAAUGAUGCCAUCAAAGAACCGGCAGCUGGAUCCGUCUGUCUGGUGGCUGGAUGGGGAAAAACAAACAACUUGAACAAAAAAAUGUCMGACGUCCUGAUGUCUGUCAACGUGACCGUGAUCGACAGACAAAAGUGCAACUCUCCUCAGUAUUAUAACCUGAACCCUGUUAUCACGAAGAGCAUGAUSUGUGCUGGUUCUGAUGGUAACAAUGUUGCAGACACCUGCACGGGGGAUUCAGGAGGACCAAUCUUAUGUAAUGGAGUUCUGGUUGGAGUCACUUCUUUUGGAUUCAGGUGUGGAAUAAAGAACAAGCCUGGGGUGUACGCUUUUUUCACACAUAACCAGCUUAACUGGAUCAAGAUGGCAAUGAAGAAGCGUGAAAUAUAGUCAGCUGUUUUGUUGUUUUUUAAGCUGUUUAACAUUCUUAGCUGUUCUUGUUGUGGUGUUGCGUUUAUCUAACCUUCACUUGAAAACAUAUGAAACAUAUGAACAUAUGAAAACAUGUAAAUCCA